AUGGCGGGCUGGUUCGCGUCGUCCAACUCCGCUCUUGACGAGCAGGUUGAGCGCGCCACCUCUUCGAGCUUAGAAGACAUCGCGCUCAACCUAGAGAUCUCUGACAUAAUUCGGUCCAAGACGGUGCAGCCGAAGGAGGCCAUGCGGUCGAUCAAGAAGCGGAUAGGCAACAAGAAUCCGAACGUGCAGCUAGCCGCUCUCAACCUUACCGACACGUGCGUCAAAAACGGCGGUGACCACUUCAUCAUUGAGAUCGCGUCGCGCGAGUUUAUGGACAACCUCGUCUCGCUACUCAAGGCAUACGGCGCUGCUGAAGUCAACAAGGACGUCAAGGAGAAGAUACUGGAGCUGAUACAAGUCUGGGCUAUCGCUGCCGAAGGUCGCCCCCAGCUGGUCUACAUUCCUGAGGUCUACAGGUCGCUGCAGCGCGAAGGCUUCCAUUUUCCGCCGCGCCAGGAGGUGCUUAGCAGUAUGUUUGACAGCAGCGCGCCCCCCGAGUGGACUGAUUCCGACGUCUGCCUGCGAUGCCGCACCGCCUUUACCUUUACCAACCGAAAGCACCACUGCCGCAACUGCGGAGGUGUCUUCUGCGGCUCAUGCUCCAGCAAGAACCUUGCUCUUACCCACCUCGGAAUAAUGCAACCUGUGCGCGUGGAUGACGGAUGCUACACCAAACUCACCGACAAGAACCGGGGAACUCCCGUGCCCAGAGGCUUUGACGCUGCGAAGCCGGCCAAGACGUUGUAUCAAGGCUCACUCGAGCCUAGGAGCGCAAGGAUAGAGGACAGCUUCGACGCAGAUCUCAAGAGAGCGCUGGAAAUGAGUCUGGAGGAGGUCAAGGCAAACACCGCAGCAGGCUAUGUCCCUCAGUCGCAAGUCCAGUCGAAACCGGCCAACGGUACUCAGAAUGAGGAGGAAGAGGAUGCGGACUUGAAGGCUGCCAUCGCGGCAUCUCUGGCUGAUAUGGAGGAGCAAAAGAAGAAGCAUGCGGCCCAGCUCAAGCAGCAGACGUCAUCUUCAAACGGCACUGCGGUAGCGAUACCACCGCGAAACGACUACGAGCUUAGCCCUUCUGAGGCCGAGAACAUCAGUCUCUUCGCUACGUUGGUGGAACGCCUUCAGCACCAACCUCCUGGGACCAUUCUCCGGGAACCGCAAAUUCAAGAGCUCUAUGAGAGCAUAGGAAAGCUACGCCCGAAGCUGGCAAGGACAUAUGGUGAAACUAUGAGCAAGCACGAUACACUUCUGGAUCUCCACGCGAAGCUUUCAACCGUCGUUCGCUACUAUGACCGCAUGCUUGAAGAGCGCCUGUCGAAUACGUACAGCCACGCCGGCUACGGUUUCCAGCCAAGUAUGGCACGUCCGGCUUCGAAUCUCUACCCCAGCAUUUCGUCUGGCGCUCCGGACGCCCCGUCUGGAGCAGAAAGCUUCUACUCUGGAAACAAUGAUCCUUACGCUCCCCCACAGUCUGCGUACAACCAAUACGCGCAGCCGCAGCAACAACCAUACGUGCCGAACCGGAACUCAAUGCCACCGCAAGGUUUCCCUCAACACCAAGAUCCGCAACAUCAGCAGCAGCAGUAUUACGGUGCCCAACAACCCCCGCAACAGCAACAGGGUCAACCAAGUGCUCCUUAUCCGCAAGCCCCGCCUUCCGAGGGUCAGGGUUCUCCUCAACUCCAGCGCCGUUCUUCGAACCAACAGCCGUCCGCUCCGCCGGCUGGUCAUUAUGCUCCAUCACAGCCGCCGAUUGCAGACGACCCGAAUGCUGCUUACUAUUACGGCAACGAGCAGCAGCCAAGUGCGCCCCCCACUGCCCCCCCUCAGCAACAACAGCAGCCCCCGCAGCCCUCUUCACCACAACUGUACCAUCAGCAACCUCCUCAGCAACAGCAGCCGCCUCAGGAUGCCCAAGCCCCACCCCCGCAAGCGCAACAACAGCCCCCACAGCAACAGUACUGGCAGCAGCCUCCCCCGCAACAGCAGGCUGCUCCACCUCAGCAAGUCCCGUACUGGCAACAGCAGCAACAGGCACCGCCGCCGCAGCAGUACGGAUACCCACCGCAACAGACCGCAGGCGGUUAUGCGGCAGACGCUUUCCCGAGCGCCCCGCAACACCAACCGCAGGUACCUAAGGAGGAGGCGUUGAUUGAGUUGUAA